AUGGUUGUUGUCUGUGCUGCGCUGAACCACGGUGACGACAAGUGCCAGCAAAAUUGGGUUAAAACUUGGCAUUCCAGCUAUGCUAGUGCCUGUUGGCUCACUGUCAACCUAACGAGCGUGGUGGAGCCGCAUCUUCGCCCUCUUGGCCUAAGCCACGGUAAAACGCGUCUGCGCGGCCAGAGACCCUCGUGGUUUCCAGUCGCGCAGGCGGAGAUCAAUCUCACCCGGUCAAGGCAUCGCGCCGUGUUGCGGUUUACACCUGAUCGACUCCUGACUCCAACCCUGGUCCCCACGCGUGGACCCCUCGCAUCGCCUCACGUCUCCCGAUUCACCUAUCAAUUAUCCCACCCUCCUUGGCACUUUCGGCUUCCGGCAGGAGUUUGUGCCUGA